AUGGAAGUAUUGUGUGAUAAGAAAUUUUAGCAAUUUAUAAUGAACCUAGAUGAUACAGAUUUUAAAACUCCAUAAAAAUAACAAUUGUCCAAAUCACCUAUUACAUGCAAUAAACAAAGUUCACCCAAGAAACUGAAGGAAGAAUUCAAAAAAUAUAAGAUCAUCAGGAAAUUGGAAUUCAAUGAUGACUAGAUAGUAAUAAGACAAGAUGGAAUACAGGGAAGAAGUAAACGUAACAUUCCCAAAGAAAACAAAGUUAACUCAUCCUACACUUUGGGUCUUUUAAAUUCCAUCGAACUAAACCAAAAUAAUGUUAUCAUUAACAAGUUAGCCAAACCUAGCGAUGAUGAUUUAAUCAAUCUCUCCAGAGACGACAAUAUAGUGUGCAGAUGCAGAAAAUCAAAAUGCAUCAAAAACUAUUGUGUUUGCAGUGCCAACAAUCAAGAGUGUACAUUCAAAUGCGAAUGCUAUAAUUGUUCAAACAAACAGCCGAAAUCAGCUGUCUCAAAAUAAUCUGGUUCUGAAUAUUUGGGAUGCAAUUGCAGAAGAUAAGAUUGCUCCAAAGGCUAUUGUGAAUGCCAAAAGAGAAAAACCAAAUGCACAGCCAGAUGCAAUUGUUGUGAUGAAUGCAAAAAUUGUGAUAUACAACCCUUACCCUUUCGUUUAGAUGGUUUAUUCUGA